AUGAUGGACUGGCAGCAGCGGGUCGCGUUGGCAAUGUUCAAAUGGGCGAAUGGACGAGUGCUGCUUGUUCAUGCACUCACACAAAUUACUUUUGGUAUCAAUCGUUGGCAAGAUAUCAAGAAAAUCGAGGAAAGUAACGCUAGAGCGCGUUAUUUCGCAGCAGCUGAAGCUCGUAACAAUUUCAUCGCUGCCGCACAGAAUGUGCAGUCCUGUCGAAUGUACCUUAACAAGGUUGAAUUCCCUUACGCCACAGAAGAAGAAAUUUUACUGAUGGAAGAUACGGCCACAAAAGCUUUCAAGAAUGUACAAGACGACUCGGUAGUAAAAAAG